CAUCACAACAAUGCUGAAAUACUUGCUGUUAUGAAAGAUGUUCGAUCGAAAUGUCCUGAUAUUACAAGAAUAUAUAAUCUGGAUCAUCAGUCAGUUGAAGGAAGAAAUUUAACUGUUUUAGAGAUAUCAGAUAAGCCAGGUGUCCAUGAACCAGGAGAGCCAGAGUUUAAAUAUGUUGGUAAUAUGCAUGGUAAUGAGGUAGUAGGUAGGGAGAUAUUAUUAGCCUUUAUGGAAGAACUAUGUAGACGUUAUACAGAAGGUGAUGAACAAAUUCAAUAUUUAAUCAACAACACUAGAAUCCAUAUUCUACCUACAAUGAAUCCUGAUGGCUGGAAAAAAGCUCAUGAUCUGAUGGAGAAAAAUGGUGGACGAGCUGAUUGGUUAACUGGUAGAGCUAAUGCUAAUGGUGUUGAUUUAAACCGAAACUUCCCCAACCUCAAUGAGAUAAUGUAUGCUCUUGAAGCUGCGGGGAAAAGCAAGAACAAUCAUUUACAGAAGAUCACCAAGGCAAUGAAAGAUCCUAAUUUCAAUUUGCAACCAGAGACCCUUGCCUUGAUUCAUUGGAUUAUUCAGAAUCCAUUUGUCCUGUCAGCUAAUCUUCAUGGUGGUGAUUUAGUAGCCAACUAUCCAUAUGAUGCCACUCGUAGUGGUAAAACUCAGGAAUAUACUGCUUCUGCUGAUGAUCCUACUUUCAGAUCACUUGCUGCAGCCUAUUCUGAUGCUCACACUAUAAUGAGUGAACCACAUGAGAAAUGUGACAAGAUGGGAGGUGAUGAUUUUGGUAAACAAGGUGGUAUUACCAAUGGUGGUGCCUGGUACUCUGUUCCUGGAGGAAUGCAGGAUUAUAAUUAUCUGGAAAGUAACAGUUUUGAGAUUACAUUGGAAUUAGGGUGUGAUAAAUUCCCUCCAGGAAACAAAAUACCAGAAUAUUGGCACCAGAAUAAACAAUCAUUACUCAACUAUUUAUUACAGGUCCAUACUGGUAUUAAAGGCUUUGUAAAGACUGUAAAGGGUGAACCUAUUAGUGAUGCUGAAAUUAAAGUAACCAAUCUAACUAAUGGACAGUAUAUCAACCACGAUGUUCUAAGUGUUGAAGAUGGUGACUAUUGGAGAUUAUUAAUUGAUGGUUAUUAUAAAAUAACAGCUAAUAAAACAGGCUACCAUCCAGUUAGUAAAUGUAUCAUUGUCAACAAU